CAUUCAACAAUGGAAACCUUUGUAGAUCAGAAGACUUAGAAACAGUGCCACAGUUUCAUCUGGUAUAUAUAAUCAGGUCACCUGCUCAUCAGAGACUUCAGAACUUUUGCACUCUCUGAAUAUUGGACUCGCUGUUCUUGAUUGCACCAUAGACUUGUAUUGAGUUGCCGUCAUGUGUUACUUUGUAGUCCCCAUCCGCACUUGCUUCAAGUGCCACCAAAACGAACCACUUUUCGACGAAAACGAAAGGCGAUUGUCGCAUGCGAAUGAGAAGAACGAGCGAAAGUCAACAUACGUAGAACCUCCCCAAGACUGCUACUCGCGCUGGUGUAUUUUCAGUAGUGAACACUCUAACACUUGCAACUCCUGCCGGAUCACUUGUAAACAAACACUCGGCAAAACACGCGACAUUCAGGGUGGUUCACCUUCAUACGUUUGCGACAUUUGCGCCUCAAGCCCUCAGCGGCAUUGUCAAUGCCACUCGCCAUAUGGCGUAGGCAAUGGUGUACUUCGUCGAGGGGAAACUGGUUGGUUUGCCGGGUUAACGAGAUCUUCGGCAAAAUAAUAUCUGGCAAAUGACGUUUCCGUAUCAUUGACA